GAUUACUUCCGCCCGCCUUGCCUCGUUGGACGCAUAUUGUACGAGGCGUUUUGCCUGGAAAGAAAAACACGUUAGACGCAAAGACCUACUCAAGCCUGGGACAUUUUAAUUUAGAUUCAGCAUUUUUUUUACCUUUUAAAAGCAAACUGAAGCAACUUUUAUUCUCGGGAGUGACCGCCCAAGAAACCCAAGACGUCUUGGCUGGACUUCCUAAACACAAUACUUACACAGCUCGAAUCGUUGUUACAACUGAGAAAACCUCCUGAAGGAACUUACUCUUCUUGUCGAUCAGAUUUGCCAAUGACAUAACCAAGGGUUUGCAGACUCUUCCUGGGGUUGAGUCGCCCAACCCCAACGCUGCUGGAUUGUUGUGGUAACGUUGUGAAGUUGAAAGGAAGCUGAUUUGCCGCUCACCAUGCCAGCCCUCUCCACCAGAACUGGCAGUGAGAUAGGUCUGUAUGAGCUGUUGUCUGCAUUGCCGUCUCAGCUGCAACCUCAUGUUGAGAGCGCAGAUGACCGCUCCUUUCUACACGCUAUGUUUGGGGAGAGGAGUCUAUAUUCAUUGGUCAAGAUCCAUGAGAAGUUGCAGUGUUAUGAAGACCGUGCACCGACUCCAGUACUGGACAGCGCCGGCUCACUGGCUCAAAACUUGACAGAGGAACUUCAAGGAAGAAGUGCAAGUAAUGAGAUCAGAGAGCUUGUCAAGCUACUGUCUAAACCACAUGUAAAGAGUUUGUUGUCUGUUCAUGAUACUGUGGCCAGGAAGAGUUACGAUCCAGAACUUCCUCCUUUGCCAGAUGACAUUGAUGAUGAAGAAGACUCUGUCAAGAUCAUUCGACUGGUCAAGAAUAAAGAGCCUUUGGGUGCCACCAUAAAGAAAGAUGAACGUACUGGAGCGAUCAUAGUGGCGCGCAUCAUGAGGGGCGGGGCUGCAGACAGAAGUGGGCUGAUACAUGUCGGAGACGAGCUGAAAGAGGUUAAUGGUAUCCCUGUUGAUGACAAAAAACCUGAGGAAGUAAUCCGCAUUCUGUCCCAGUCGCAAGGUGCCAUUACUUUUAAAGUGGUCCCAGCCAUCAAAGAGGAGGCACAAAGCAAGGAUCCCAAGAUGUUUGUAAAGGCGCUUUUUGACUUCAAUCCAGCUGACGAUAAGGUGAUCCCUUGCAAGGAGGCAGGCUUGGCAUUCAGGAUUGGAGAUAUCUUGCAGGUUAUGAGCCAGGAGGAUGCCACCUGGUGGCAGGCCAAACUCGAGGGCGAUGGCAACCCGCGCGCUGGACUCAUCCCCUCCAAACACUUACAGGAGAGGAGGUUUGCAGUCUGGAAACCCCCGACCAUCACUACUCUUCAGAGGACCCCCAGCAAAAGAUUUUAUGAUGAGACAGUCGAACGGGUGGAGGAGACUGAAGAGGACAAUGAGUUUGCUUCCUAUUUAAGUGGACUCCAUAUUGCGGGUCUGCGAAGGAGUUUUCGUCUCAGCAGAAGAGAUAAGAAGACAAAUAAGUCCAUGUAUGAAUGUAAAAAAAGUGAGCAGUAUGACACAGCGGAUGUGCCGACUUACGAAGAGGUGACAACCUACCGCAGAAAACACGGAGACAGACACAGACUUGUCGUGUUAGUUGGUCCUACUGGUGUUGGUUUAAAUGAGCUCAAAAGAAAGUUGUUGAUAUCCGAUCCACAACAUUUUAGUGUCACCAUCCCACACACCUCUCGAUCGAAGAGACAUCAGGAAAACGAUGGGGUGGAGUAUCAUUUUAUCUCCAAACACCUUUUUGAGGCAGACAUUCAGAACAACAAGUUUAUUGAACAAGGAGAGUAUAAGGGAAAUUACUAUGGGACGAGCUUCGACUCUGUGCGUUCAGUCCUGUCUAAGAACAAGGUGUGCCUUCUUGACGUACAGCCACAUACGCUAAAACAUCUUCGCACGGCCGAGUUUAAGCCCUACGUGGUGUUUGUGAAGCCUCCAUCCAUCGAGCGCUUGAGAGAGACCAGGAGGAACGCAAAAGUCAUCUCAGGCAAAGAAGAUAAGAACUCAUCCAAACCCUUUACGGAUGAGGACUUCCAGGAGAUGAUCAGUGCCUCUCGGAUGAUGGAAAACCAGUAUGGUCACCUCUUUGAUAAGGUCAUUGUGAACGAUGACCUCACUGUUGCCUUCAGCGAGCUCAAGCAGGCGCUCAGGAAAGUGGAGACAGAAACUCACUGGGUGCCCAUCAGCUGGACUCAUUCCUGAGGGGCUGCACAAAAGACAACACAACAUAUUUUGGGGAGUGGAAACGAAGGGAAGGACUUUAAGAACUGUGAAAGAUUUCUUUUUAUUGUUUCUUUUUAUUUUUUUGUCUGUAAAUGGUGACAGGGGAAAUAUUUUAGUUGUCUUAACACUUCUGAAGAGGUUUAUCUGUUCUUGGGGACUAAAGUGGAAGAGCAUAGGUUUUCUUUUGUUUUGUCGUGGUGGAUUUAGCUGAACGUGUCUGUAAUUGUAGUCAGCAAAAGUCUGAUUGUUUAGCAGCCGCUAAGAGUGUUUAAACUGCCAAUCAAGUGGUCUGGUGGUGCUGACCACUCCUUGGUGUAUUUUUAACAUUAGUUUAUAGAAACCAAAUGGAUGAUUAUUAUUUUUCUGUGCUCACAUUUUAUUUUUAUUUUUUCAGAUCUUAGCACAUUGCACUCCAUUUGCCUGUUACUCUGCAGCUAGUUUGAUCAGCACAUAAUUAACUAUAUAUAUAUAUAUAUAUACAUAUAUAUAUAGGCAAGAUAUCAUGUAAUGUUCAGUGGGCCCCAAAGAGAUUUUAUUUAAAGAGAAAAUUAAUAUAUUUGGAUAUUUUUUUGGACUUUUUUUAGCCUGUUCCCUGAUGAGAUUUUUUUAAAUAAUAUCGGUUGUUUUGGGGUUUUUUUUGUUAGUUAUUUUGUCUUUUUUUAGUAAGUGCUCAUGGCUAAUUAAAGCCUCUGUGUUUUAUUAAUGUAUAACCCGCUGUGUGCAGAAGCUGACUUCUUUAUUUCAGUUUCAUCUCUCUCUUUCUUUAUUUCCUUAAUUUCAGUUACAUCACUCGCUGUCUUUAUUUUCCUUUUCCUUCCAUCUCCAUCCUGUUGUUGAGGGCAGGCACUUGGAAAACACAUAGGGAAUGUACUCCAUCUAGGCAGAUUUGGCAAGACUCUGAAGAGUGUUUAAGGAGUCUAAUGGCAGCACUACUAUUGAAUCUCAGAGAAAAAUAUGUUUAAUGAUAACCUCAACUGUUACAAGGCAUUUCAGACAGCAAUAGUUCACCCAAAAAUGAAAAUACUGUUUUACUGUAUAGGUUCAGAGGACUUUGAAUAUGGGACAUGAGUCAAAUAGACUUUGAUGGUACUUUCUCAUUUUUGGUGCUCAACAGUCCCAUCCACCUUAAGUUGUGUGUUACUCAGAAGGAACGUUGUACGGAUUUUGUAACAACUAGUGAUGCACUGAAUUUUUGACAACUGAAAAUGUAAAACAAAAAAUUAGGUUCCAACCAAAAGAUUUUUGAUUGAAACAAUGUUUAGUGUUUCUUGGAUGAUGCAAUUAGACUAUUGGUGUCUAUUUCAUGCACACAAUGUGGAUAGGCUAGCAGUGUGGACACACUUCACCGUGAGAAAGAAGGUUGCUAAAGUAGCAGUUGGUCAAAUUUGUUUAAUGUUGAACAAUGUCUCAUUGCUGUAAAGGAUGGUUCACUCAUAAAUGCUAACUCAUCGAUUACUCGGCCUCAAGUUGUAUGAAUUUCUUUCUUCUGUUGAAGUUGAACACAAAAGAUAUUUAAAAGAACCCCAGUAACCAAACAGUUGAUGGGUCCCAUAAACUGUUUGGUUACUGACAUUCUUCAAAAUAUCUUCUUUGUGUUCAUCAGAAGGACAAAAUUCAUAUCAUUUGAGGCUGAGUAAAUGACGACAGAGUGAACUAUCCCUUAAAGAGCUGUUCUUUGACUGGUUUAAUUUAUCAUCUGAGGACACACAGAUUUAAUUUAAUUUUCCAAAUUUUGUUUUGGUUUUCAUCUAAAUGAAAACCUAAAUUUCAGUUCAUCACUAGUAACAACAUGAGUCUGAGUAAGUGAUGACAAAGUUGUCAUUUAUUGGGUGAACAAUCCCUUUAAUGUCUGAAAAGGCCUUACAUAAAAACAUGCCACUAAAUACAUGUAUAUUUUUGUUGUCAUUUUGUUCUUAAUCAGUUUUGUCGUCUUUUAGCUCAUUGGAUUUGCAAUCAAGCAGUGUCAAUCUCUUCUGAACUAUUACUGUGUUUAGGACAGUCCCCAUACUGUAAAUACACUGUAGUUUUGCCUUCAAAAUCAAGGUGCACUAAAGUUUGUUCAUUUAAACUCACUAUGUUUGUCCGUACCUCAUUUUUUCUUUUUUCCCCCCAUACUUGCCUAUACAAAACCGCUUCAAAACUUUUGUCAAGCUUUGAAGUCUUACUUAAUAUCAAAUAUGCAAUGUGAAUAUUGUUUCCUGUAUUUUUAGUAAUGUACCUCUAUAUAUUGAUCUGUCCUCUGCCAAGUGGAUGAUUUUUGUGGAAGCCUCAUCUAAACAACAAUUCAUGUAUAUCUAUUGUUUUGUUCUGUCGAUGAUCAAGAGUUUACAACCUGUGCUGUUAUAAAACAUCCCCUCCUCCAGUACAUUAAAUAUGUAAAUCAUC